AUGAAUCUAAUAUGUGAUUUCUCUCCAGUGGAUACCAACUACGUUUACUUGGCAGCUGGUUUAGUGUGUCAGGUUGCCCUUCUGGUCCUCAAUGUAAGACUGAUGCGUCAUGUUGAACAUCAGAUGUUGAAGAAGAGUUCCACACAACAACAACGGGCACUGGACGGUAAUGUAUAUUCCUCGGAUAGAUCAAAUUUGGAUGAAACUCAGACAAACGUUACAUUUCACGAGGAUACAACGACGGACAUGAAGUCAGUGGAUAUUCGAGCCACUGCAAACCUGUCACUGACUGGACACCACCCCGAUAAAACUAACGUUAAUUGUGUUCAAGGACCAGAGAACACACUGGGGAUGUCACAGUCAGCUGAUGUUGGUCCCCACUCAGUGCAGACGAUUCCCAGUCCCGAUCGGCAGAAUAACACGCGGGUCAGGUCCCUAGCAUCAGGAACUGGAGGGGAUGACACGCCGGUCAGGUCACUAGCAUCAGGAACUGGAAGGGAUGAACGUACCAGUCGUGACACUUUGCUGCAGAGUGACAUCAGCCAAACCUCAUCUGAAACAGAAGAUGAGGAUUUCUCGGCUGAUACUGACAGCCACAGCAGUCAGUCGGACAUAGCCCUCGAGGUUCCAAGGGACGCCGUACCCAAAGGGGAAAGUGUCUAUGUUCAGGCGUUUGUCAGUCCGGAGUUCCACAAACUUCAACCCUUCAUGGACGAUGACGAGGUUGUUGUAUCCCCAGUUGGUGAAUUUCAAAUGUCGUGCAAGCGGAAGUGGGACAGACACGUCAAGAUACAUAUACCAUGCAUCCAGAGGAACCCAAAAGAAACUUUCAGGGUUAGAUUCUUCCAGAAAAAUUCUUCUGGCAGUGUGGAGUUUGGCGAUGUUCCCGUGAAGGAGGAUGGAUUAAACCAGGAACUGUACUACGCCAAGAAAGAAAAUCAUGUAGAGAUCUUCACCGUGCAUUUCACUGGCUUCUUCUGUUCUGUCUGCGGACACACCUGCCCCCUUGACCUCCUGGCCCUGGUGUUCGGGUGUUACGGUCACCAUAGCAACGAGGCCUGGAUCACUCUGGUUGUAGGGGACCGCAGGAUCAGCAUCCCAGAAGUCAGGCAGAAAAUCAUUGACAAAGAGAAGGCUCUGAAUGGCAGCGAGCUGGUAGCUGAACGUCCGGUACGUCUGGUGGAGGCGUAUGACUGUCAGAGUCGGCUGAUGUUCACACUCCAUGUCCGGAGUCACGCCGAGAUGUGGAGGAACGCUGACACGGACUCUGGAGAUAAGCAGGUACGGCGACUGCGGGAACUGAUCAAGUGCAGCUGCUCCCAUCAACCCAAUGUGACAUCUUCCGAGUUUGAAUCCCAUCACCAAUGUGAGGACAACUUGCAGUGGGUGUAUUCAUGUGAUGAUCCGCCCCUCGACUCCUUCUCGUGCAAGAUCCUCGUGGAGCACCUUCUGAAUGGGGAUGUUGUCACUCCGAGGCACGACGCAUGCAACGAAGGCGUGACUAGGAUCAUUGUUCCACCUGUGAAACUGCAACGCCCUCAACACUCUGAAAAGAUGAAAAGCCAAGACCUCCCACCGAUGGGUUUUGGCGAGCUCACCAGUUCAAAGAAGCCACUGUUUUCUCAUGGCACUACCUUCUCUUCCACCAGACCUCCUCCUUAA